AUGAGAGAUCCUGACAGAAUGAGGAAUCCCUCCAGUCCCCCUCAGGAGCUGUUUUUCAGGAAGAUCUCUCAGGAAGAUCCAAGUGAGGACAGCUCAGGAGUUGUAAAUGAACACUCUCCAACCCAAACCAAAGGAGAAGAUUCUAUCUGCAGAGACGGUAGAAAAAAUCACAAUUGGACUUUCACUUUAUCCUGUGAAAAUGGAUCCCUUACUUCUCAUAAAAGGAUCUCCACAGGGGAGAAGCCAUGUAAAUGUUUGGAAUCUGGAAAGAUUUUCAGAACAAGUUGUCAAGUUACUUCACAUGAAAGGAUCCAGACUAGGGAGAAACCACAUGAAUGCACAGAGUGUGGAAAGAGCUUCUGGACAAGCAGUCACCUUAUUAUCCAUAAAAGGAUCCACACAGGGGAGAAGCCAUAUAAGUGCAUGGAGUGUGGAAAGAGCUUCUCUCAAAAUACAUCCCUUAUGUAUCAUAAAAGGAUCCACACAGGAGAGAAACCAUAUAAAUGCCUGGAGUGUGGAAAGACUUUUAGUCAAAACGGUCAUGUUACUUCCCAUAAAAGGAUCCACACAGGGGAGAAGCCAUAUAAGUGCAUGGAGUGUGGAAAGAGCUUCUCUCAAAAUACAUCCCUUAUGUAUCAUAAAAGGAUCCACACAGGAGAGAAACCAUAUAAAUGCCUGGAGUGUGGAAAGACUUUUAGUCAAAACGGUCAUCUUACUUCCCAUAAAAGGAUCCACACAGGGGAGAAACUUUAUAAAUGCAUGGACUGUGAAAAAAGCUUCACCAGAAACAGUUCUCUUAUUUGUCAUAAAAGGAUCCACACAGGGGAAAAACCGUAUAAAUGCAUGGAGUGCGGAAAGAGCUUUACUACUAGGAGUGAUCUUACUUCCCAUAAAAGGAUCCACACAGGGGAGAAACCAUAUAAGUGCUUGGAGUGUGAAAAGAGCUUCACCAGAAACAGUUCUCUUAUUUCUCAUAAAAGGAUCCACACGGGAAAAACCAUAUGGUUCCUGAAAGCAGUAAUCUUCCCAUAAAGUUAUCCAAACCGGGGAGAAGCCAUAUAAGUGCCUGGAGUGUGGAAAGAACUUCAGGAGGAGGAAUGACCUAAUUUCAUAUACACAGAUCUGUUUGUUUCAGAGUCCAUGCAAAAUUUAG